AUGUCGACUGAUGGGGAUCGAAACUUCAAGUUCCCCGCAGGCAGUCCCAACCUCGGUGACAGCACUGAUAAUCCUGGCACUCGUAGUAACAGCAACGAUAAUGAUGGUGCAACUCCGAGUAGCAACAACGACGGUACACCAGCCGCGGCCGGCCCUGCAGCGUGGGAAGGAAGGGACGCGCCGGGAAUGGCGGCGGUGGUAGGCAGUGAUGGGCUGCGCAAGGGGCCAUGGACGGCUGGGGAAGACGAUCUGCUGUGGCAGCACGUCAGACAGUACGGAGAGGGCAACUGGAACCUGGUGCAGCAGCACACGGGCUUGGCGCGCUGUGGCAAGAGCUGCCGGCUGCGGUGGGCGAACCAGCUCCGGCCGAACCUGAAGAAGGGCGGCAUCACAGCGGAGGAGGAGCGCACGAUCGUGCGCCUGCAGCAGCAGUACGGCAACAAGUGGGCGCGCAUUGCCUCACACGUACGUGGCAUGAUGGACUGGGACUAG